GCGUAUUUUGUCCUACGCAGCGUCCCGUACGUAAACACGGAAGUGGCGAUACCAGGAUGGAUAAUAUCGAUUCAGGCAUAAAAUGUAUAAAAUGCGCAUUUACUACUGCAAUUAGCUACACGAUUAUUUGAUAAAUUCCACGUUUAUUUCCUAGCAUAGUUAGAAUGUAUUAAAUUUUGUAUGUAUUUGUUUUAUUUUCGUAACGUUAACCACCCUAGCUAUGUAGUUUAAAAAAAAAACAGCUAGCUAGCUAAUUAGCAGCGGUGCUAAUGAAAUAUAUUAAAAUGGUGCAGAACAUGUUUCGGACCGGGUUUCUGGUUCGGGCCACACACACCCUGCUAACCUGGGUCAUAACCCUCAUACUGUUCCUGCACAACACCGAUUUGCGGAAGUGUGAGGAGCGAGGAGAGCUGUUGCUGCCGGUUCUGUUCUUCCUCCUGGUCAUGCUGUCGGUGCUGUUAUACUUUGCUGUUUCUUUAAUGGACCCUGGCUUCGUUCUCACCGACACGGUCCAGGGCGUUCAGGGUUCAAAUGAGGAAAUGGAGUCGAUGAUUCCUCAGACUUCGACCCCUCGGCUGCGGCGCUGUGGAUACUGCCUGCUGCAGCAGCCAAUGAGAGCGAAGCACUGUCAGACGUGUAAACGCUGCGUUCGACGGUUCGACCACCACUGUCCCUGGAUCGAGAACUGCGUAGGAGAGAGGAACCACCGCUGGUUCAUCGUCUACCUGCUGGUGCAGCUGCUCGCUCUUCUGUGGGCUCUUCACAUCGCUCUGUCUGGCAUUUCACCCAGCGUCACAUGGGAGCUGUGGUUCAGAGUGAACGGGUUCCUGUUGGCGGCGCUGGGCGUUAUUGGUGUUUUCUCUGUGGUGGUGCUGCUGCUGCUGGGCUGCCACCUCUACCUGGUCUCCAUCAACUACACCACCUGGGAGUUCAUGUCCCAUCACAGGAUCUCGUACCUGAAGAACUGCGGAGACGAGGAGAACCCCUUUGACCGCGGAGUCUUCUGCAACCUGUGGCAUUUCUUCUGCAUCUGCAGGACGGUGGUGUGGGAGCAGAUAUACUACAGAAACACCCCAAAUUCUGUCUGACCACCAACCAGACGGCACGUUACUGUCAGACACUACUUUCAGGGAAAAAAAAAAAAUCAUUUUACAACCUCAAAAGCAGAUUUCAGUUCUUUUUAUUUCCCUUUUGGGUAGAACUUGACAACUGAAUUGCGUAACUACCUGCAAACGUUGAGAGCAGACAUACAGCCAGACAUUAAGCAAAUUACCUGCAUUCAAGCUAGUUAUGGCUUAAUCAAUUUUCAACGCUGUUGUACCUGAUUUUUGAUGUGAUUCACAUAACAAAACAUGAUUACCCCGCUUACCUAACUUUUGAGUAGAAACAUGUUUUUCUGCAACAAAAAAACAACUUUUAAACACGCUAGCAGUGAUGUCAAUGUCUGUUUACCACGUUGGUCCUGACUGAAAUAUUUCAGAAACUAUUGGAUGGAUUGCCAUUAAAUUUUGUAGACAUUCAUGUUCCUCAGAGGAUGAAUCUUAAUGACUUUGGUGUAGGGCUGUCCCCGAUCAGUCUGCACUUCUAACCCGAUGCACGGACUCUGAAGGUUUCUCUCCAACACACCUUACUUACAAAUAUGAGAAAUAUAUUAUUCACUGCCCUGCCCAGUUAGAGUUAGCCUACACGAGUCUCACGUUUUACCUGUAAGACUCACGUUUUAAUGCCCUUGUUCAUCAUCUGUGAUGUGCAAACAUCAGAUUUCCACACAGAGGAAUAAAAAGUGUUAAUAGUUCAGUUAUAAAAUCCUCACACUGGAUGGCAGAACAGGCGGUCGUACCAGCGUUAAGUUUGAGGUCACUUUGCUCUGUUUGUAAAGUUCAUAUUCUGCCAUGCCGUUGCUCUGUGUACAGUGACGCAGCUAAAAAGAAAGUGCAGUGAUUCAUUUAGGCUUUUAGGGGCCAGCCCUACUUAAGUCAUCCUCUGACUUUUCCUCUAACGCCACCGUGAGGUUCACAUUUGUGGUUUUGAAUGAAAUAUCUCAAUUUGGUUCAGACAUUCAUGUUUCCCUCAGGAUGAAUUGUAAUCACUUUGGUCAUCCUCUGACUUUUCAUGUAGGGUUUAUGACCAAAUACCCAGCUGUACUUUGUGUUUAACGCUAAUUAGCAAAUGUUAGUAUGCUAACAUGCUAAACUAAGAUGGAGAACAAGGUAAACAUUAUACCUGCUAAAUGUCAGCAUGUUAGCAUGUUAACUUUAGCAUUUAGCUAAAGCCUCAUAGAGCUACUAGCAUGGCUGUAGUCUUGUUUUCAUUUAACAAAGUAAUCCAGACUUCUUCGUGCGGGUGUUUUGACGCGUGUCAUACUCUCACAGCGUGUGUGUGUGUGUUGCUCUUUACAGUUUGAAAAGAACAGAAUUAUAAGUAAGGCAUAAUCCUACCAAAGAGUCAGUAAACAAGGCUAAGGAUCUGACAUUCUGCGCUCAUUUUUUGGUUCUUGACAGCGAUACUUGAUUCUGCUGACCAAAAAGCAAUGAGGUUUCACAACUAGUAUCUGGCUGGCAGAUGGAAACUUCCCCUUCACGGUUUGCAGAUAAUUCCUGAAUAUUUAAUUAAACUCUGGUCUGGGAGCAAUUUGUCUGGGAGACUUUUUUUAAAAUUUUUUUUACAGACCCUUUUCUGACUGAAUAUCGCUGGAUUCAUUACACUCCAGGGCAAAAAGGCUGAACACUAUGUGGUGAUAGUUAAGUCCACAAUUACAGAAAUGCAUAAAAAACAAACAGUAUUUUCAGAAGAAAACCACUCUGCCUGAUUGAAACUAUUUUUUCCUCAGGUCUGGUCACCACUUUCUCUUCUGUAAAUGUUUCUGUCGUUGCCUCGUGAGAGUGGUGACCCCACGUUAUAACACUAAGGGCCUUUAUGUCUGUUGCAAAUAAUGUCUUUUGCUUUUUGUUUAAUGUAACUGUUUGUUUUUACUGUUAAAAAUAAAUGUAAUAAUUUAAAAAGAUAA